AUUACUUUUGAGAUGCAGUAAAAUUAUGUACAUUCGGAUCAAGGUUGAAAGAAAUAGUGGAGUAGGAAGCUAUAUGAAAUCCAGUCGGAAUAAUCUACAAAAGUACUAUCAAAAUGGCACUCAACAGGACCUUCACACUCAAUACAUCGGCGAAGAUACCAGCUGUCGGUUUCGGAACAUGGCAAGCUGCGCCAAAAGAGGUGGAAAAGGCUGUUGAGGUGGCUCUACGGACGGGAUAUCGACACAUCGAUUGUGCUGCAAUAUACAGAAAUGAGCAGGAAGUCGGAAAUGGCAUCAAAAACAGCGGAGUCCAGAGAAAUGACAUCUUCAUCACGGGUAAGCUGUGGAAUACGAAGCAUCGGCCUGAAGAUGUAGAAAGCGCUUUGGACAAGACACUUGGGGACCUGGGAGUCGACUAUGUUGAUUUGUACUUGAUGCAUUGGCCUUGUGCAUUCAAGCCUGGCGACAAAUUCUUCCCUCUGGAUAGCAAUGGUGUCUUCCAACUCGACGAUGUCGAUGCAUCAGUAACAUGGAAAGCAAUGGAGGCUCUCCUCAAGACCGGCAAAACUCGUGCCAUCGGUGUGUCCAAUUUUAACAUUCGUCGCUUGGAAUCUCUGUUAUCUACGGCAACUGUUGUUCCAGCUGUAAAUCAAAUCGAGAUCCAUCCAUACCUGCAACAGCCAGAUCUCUUCUCAUUCUGCAAGCAGCACGGAAUCGUCCUCACAGCGUACUCGCCUUUGGGAAAUAAUCAAACAGGCGAGCCACGGACUGUUGAUGAUUCAAAAGUGCACGAAGUUGCGAAGAAAUUGGGGAAGGAUCCCGGUCAGGUGCUUGUGAGCUGGGGAGUUCAGAGAGGUCAUGUGGUUCUACCAAAGAGCGUCACGCCGUCGAGGAUUGAGAGCAAUUUUCAGGAUUUUGUCAUUCCGGAAGAACAGAUGCAGGAAUUGGCUGCUCUGGAGAGACACAAGAGGUUCAAUUUCCCUGCAAGAUGGGGAUUUGACAUUUUUGAUGAGGCGGGUGAGGACUUUGUGAAGAAGGCGGCUUUGGAUGCAGCGGAGGAGAAUAAGACCAAGUUCACUGUGUGA